GUUGGCUGCUAACCUCUCCGAGAAUUGGGUUUUUGUUUUUCAUUCAGUCGGUCAUUUGACAGUGGCUUCGAAGUUUGUACAAAUUCACUCGAAAUAUGGAAGAAAAACCUCUCAAUGAAAAACCAGCAGAAAAUACAGAAGUGAACCAAGAUGAGCUCAUUCUGCAACAACAGAGGCGUAUCGAAAAAGAGAUAUCAGAAUCGAUAGCACUGGUAGGUGAAAAAGAAUCUUUGAAGGCUUUGGAAAGUGAAUAUGCAGAAGAUCUUGUGUAUCUCUCAAAGGCGAAAGUUUUGGGGGAGAAAUAUUCAUUUUUUCGAAGAACAAGACCAGAUGGAAAUUGUUUCUUUCGGGCAUUCAGUUAUGCGUAUCUUGAAAGGUUGAUCAGUAAUAAGGAGGAGUACGAAAAAUUCCGAGAACUUGCGUUAAAAAGUAAAGACAAUCUUGUAGCUCUAGGAUUUCCGCAAUUUACAGUUGAAGAUUUCCAUGAUACGUUUAUGGAAGUGAUUGAUAAAGUUGGAGGAGGAACGGAAGCGAGUUAUGAUGAAUUGCAUAAACUUUUUAACGAACAAGGUUAUUCGGAUUAUGUUGUUGUCUAUCUUAGGUUAAUAACUUCGGGCCAGUUACAACGAGAAGCUGAAUUUUAUCAACAUUUCAUAGAAGGCCAUCGCACCGUUAAAGAAUUUUGUCAUCAGGAAGUAGAACCAAUGUAUAAAGAAUCGGAUCACAUUCAUAUAAUCGCGAUGAGUACAGCACUUGGUACUGGAGUGCGGGUAAGAUACAUGGAUCGAGGUGCGGGAACGGAGGUCGUAGCCCAUGAUUUUCCAGAAAAUGCUACACCAUCAGUUCAUUUACUUUAUCGGCCAGGCCACUACGAUAUCCUCUACCCCUGAUGAUUCUUGGUUCGCUUAUUAUUCUUUAUCAAUUGCAUCUUCUUUUUUAAUUAUAUGGAAAUACCUCAAUCGUGUUUCAACAUCUUAUACGUAAAUGAAUUUCAGCGAAUAUAGAAAAUUUGGAUUUUUAAAGAAGGAUGUAGAGAUCCCACAGUUUUGCAUUUCUAGCAUAACUUUUCUGCUCGAAAUCCUCGUCUUCUUUUAAAAUCGACUUUUUCUACUGCUCUCCUCUUCUUAUUUUCUCAUUUCUUCAUACAAUAGUGUUUUAUGAAAACUU